UAAAAAUAAUUACAAAGAAAGAUGAAUCCGUUCUUUUGAACUGAAUUGAACUGAAUGAAGCUGAACUGAACUGAACUUAACUUAAUGGAGGUGAACUGAACUGAACUGAACUUAAUGGAGCUGAACUGAACUGAACUUAAUGGAGCUGAACUGAACUGAACUGAACUUAAUGGAACUGCAAAAAAGUCCAAAAGAACAGGGCCACAAUAUAAAAGUAGCAAGAAUUUUUAUUUAAAGAAAAAUAGAAAAGAUCAUUAGAGGUCAAAUGAUCAAAUUUUGACUUGAUCUCAGAAUAAUUUGACUUGAUCUUGACCUCAAGAAAGCAAACUAAUGUGAAUCAACCAUUUUUAGUUACAAUCAUUUUUAUUUUGAUGUUUGAAAUUACAUUAUUAUUGACCAAUAAGAGAAAAUGGCACAUGAAUGGUACACAAAUUUUGAAACACAAUAUAGCACAUUAGAAGGGAAAUUAUUUUAUUUCAUGUUUGAAAUUACAUUAUUAUCAACCGCUAGGAGAAAAUGACACAGAAAUGAUAGACAUAGUGAAACAAAGUAUAGCACAUUAGACGGGGAAUUGUUUUCAUAUUUAAAAUUACAUUAUUAUCAACUAAUAGGAGAAAAUGACAUAGGAAUGGUACACAAAUUGCGAAACAGAGUAUAGUAAAUUAGAAGGGGAAUUGUAAUAACUAAAAUGCAUAUAGUUUUAUAGAGUAUAUGUCUAAAACAUCCAAUGAAUGAUAAACAAACAUAGGUUUUCUUUCUUUAGGCAUCUUAGACGGCUAUUAUUUUACACAAAGAAUCUCAUAAUAAUUAAUUAGCAAAUUUAUUAAAAUUCCAAGUUUAGCACUUCCAUAAUCUCCAUUCUUUCAAAACCACUUCUUUUUUUGUAACAAAAAAUAAAAUAAUAUUUUUUGAUUGCUUAGUUUCUGAAACAAUUCUCUCUAAAACAUACACAUCCAAUUUAUCCCUAAAUUAAAGUUGAAUUUGAAGAAAUAAGGUAAAAAGCUUGCAAAAACAAAUGUAAUUUACAAUGGGUGAUAAUACAGAAGCUGCAAAUCAUUGGUGGAGUGAAGGUGUAUGGAACAAUACGCCAUUCUUAUGCGAAGAAGUUCAACCACGUAAAGUAUACAAAGCUUUUUGGGACAAUGAUUUGUAUCUUCGCGAUACUUACUCGUCGAUUAUAUUAUGUAAUCUUUCUAUAAUCUUGGGUGUAACUACCUUCACUUGGUUCUUGCUUAAGCCUAUUCGCAUGCCGUUCACAUCUCAGAUGAUCGGUGGUGUGCUUGUAAUGGGAUUUUUAUUUUCGAAUCGGAUAUUCAACUACGAAAAACUGUUGCCACCAGCAGUCCUAUACGUACUGAAAACGAUGUCGACAGUAGGGUUCAUACUACAGUUAUUCAUGGUAGGAUUAGAAACGAACAUGGGCGUAAUCAUAAGAAGAAUACAAAUGAGGUCUGUGAUUAUAACAGUGUGUAGUUUAUUCAUGUCAUAUGCAUUCAGUGCUAUGGCAAUUGUAGCAACAAACCAAUUCAAACACAUCCCAUCUCUUCGAAAACCGCCUCGAAGCCUACUAUUAUUGAUAUCUCUUAAUGCACAAACCUUCUUCAUGGUUACUUGUCACAACCUUAAUGAUCUCGGCAUAAGCAACUCGGAUAUCGGUCGUAUGGCUUCGUCUAUAGCUUUGAUCCCUGACAUCUUCUUAAUGGUAACAAACGUCUUCAUGACCAAUAUUGUACCGCCUCUUGUAUCCGGGGCUAGCAAUGAUUGGAAGAAGUCGUCAAUCAUUUUAGCUUACUAUGCAAUAGUUUUCGUUGUUUUUCGACCCCUCGUGUUGUACAUAGUGAAUCAAACGCCGGAAGGAAGAAGUAUGUCGAACACUCAUUUCAUGUACGUUUUCUUGAUUGUUCUUGUUGCGGCGUGGAUUGGAGAAGUGCUUGAUGAAUUGUUGCCGGUGUUUAUAUUUUCGUUGACGUUACCGGAGUACCCGUUAUCGUUGGUUUUUACUCAGAAAUUGGAAGCUCUAACUUCUUAUGUUUUGUUCCCUUUGUAUUGUGCUAUGCAAGGACUCAAAACUGACUACUUUUCUAUGACCAAAAGAAGUUUUGAGCUUGAGUUUUUGUUGAUUGUGGGUUAUGUGGGCAAGUUUUUGGGAACCACCCUUACUUCAAGGCUUUUUGGUGUUCCUUUUUGGAACUCUAUUGCCCUUUCACUCAUCCUAUGUUCUAAAGGGUUAUUGGAUAUUGCCGCACUUGGGAUUUUGAGAGACAAAGAUUGGGUGGAUAGAGAGGCGUACACAUUAGCAAUGCUUCAUUUUUUGAUCAUUAGUGGAGCAUUAUUACCGUUAGUAAGACAUUUCUACGAACCAUUAAGCCAAUACACUGCAAUUUUUAGACCAAAUGUGACAGAUUCCACCUACAACAAUACAUUCCAAACACUAACAUGUCUUUACAAGGAAGAGAAUUUACCCGGAAUCAUACGCCUUAUCGAGGCGUUUCACCCUACACGAACGAGGCCGAUUCCGGUGAUCUUACUCCAACUCAUGCCACUCUUCGGACGUUGCACCAUGCCUAUCAUAGGAACCUUGGAUCAACUCAAAUCAUUACCUUCAUUUAAGAAAAAACUCGCUUACUCGAAUCGUAUACUCGAAUCUUUCUUAAACCUCGAACGUGAGUCUAAAGGCUAUACACGAGUGAAACACUACGUAGCCAUAUCUCCUUACGAAAGCAUGCAUAAUGACAUUUGUAGCCUUGCUUACCAAAAGGAUGCAAGCCUACUUAUUCUACCCUUCCACAUGCAAGUACAAUGGACCAAAGUUGGGAGAAUCAUUGAAGAGUCUUCUAAAACAUUAAGGGAAGUUAACAAGAUGGUUCUCGAAAAGGCACCGUGUUCCGUCGCCUUGUUACUCGACCGAGCCGACCCUCGGCUAGGUAUCAACGACACUCGAGUCUAUCAAGUAGCCAUAAUUGUUAUGGGUGGUGAAGAUGAUUUUGAAGCCCUAGCAUUUACUAGACUUUUCGGUAGUCAUCCAAAUGUUAAGGUAGUCGUUGUUUGGUUGAAAUCUUCGUUACAAGAUAAGAAUGAGGCUAAGAAUUAUGACAUGAUAAUGAACUUUCAAGCUUCUUGUCCAAAGGAGAACGAGAGGGCGGUGUCGUUGAAGGAGGUGGUGGUUAACGAUGGUGCCGAUACCACUAAUGUUUUGUUAUCAAUGAAUGGUCUUAUUGAUUUAGUUGUGUUAGGAAGACACCAUGACUUUGAUUGUUUACCGUUACGUGGGCUUAGUCUUGAUGGGUUUUGUGAAUAUCCUGAGUUAGGGAUUCUUGGUGACUUGUUAGCUACACCGGAUUUCGGGUUUUCUGUUUUAGUUGUUCAACAUGAACCAAAAGAUGAGUUUAAAAUAGUGUAUGAUUUACCAAAAAUGUAUGGUUUAAGGCGCUAGCUAGUUUCAGGUUUUAGUUUAAUGUUUAAUGUUUUGUACA